AUGGAUGCUAAUGCAAUCCAAAUUGCGGUCCGAUGUCGACCAUGGCAUCCCACCAAAGAAGCUCCAUUCCUCGCUCAACCGACGAAUCAACCUUAUUUCUAUGGAGACGGGAAUAUAGGUACAUCAUCAGCGAAACCAGUCGCGGCAGGAGCGUUAAGGAAUGUCGUGGAGGUAAUCGACAAUAGAGAGCUGGAUUUUGAUAAACCUCAGGAUCCAAAUGAGAACAAAAGAGGCGCGCCGAUGGUUGGAAGGAGGUACAAAAACAGGAAAUAUGUUUUUGAUCAAGUGUUCAGUAUGGAAGCUACACAAGAACAGGUAUUUGAGAAAACAGCAAAACCAUUGUUGGCAGGUGUACUGGAUGGAUAUAAUGCAACUGUUUUUGCUUAUGGCGCAACUGGGUGCGGUAAAACCCACACUAUCUCAGGAACAGAGGAAGAACCAGGUAUUAUUGUUCGUACGAUGAGGGAAUUGUUCGACUUAGUGGAAGAUACCAAAUUAAAAUACGAAACAUACUUCCAGAUGUCCAUGGUGGAAAUAUACAACGAAUCCAUUAGAGAUCUUCUGAGUGAGGACUAUCCAGCAUGUCCACUUGGAGGUCUGAAAUUAUUAGAGAACGAAAAAGAACGAGUGAAAGUUGCCAAUGUAACCCACAAAACGCCUACUUCAGUAGACGAAGUCAUGGAAGUAGUGAUGUUAGGUAAUGAAAGGAGAAGUACAUCAUUUACGGCACGAAACUCAACUUCCUCAAGAUCGCAUUUAGUUUUACAGAUCAACGUCGUACGAAAUGAAAAAGGAUCAGAAGUUGAUGUCGCCAAAUCUACUGUCACUCAGUCAUCCACUUCUGCAACUUUAUCGAUCAUCGAUCUUGCAGGAAGUGAGAAGGCUUCCGUAAAUAGAGGUCAACGAAUGAAAGAAGGAGCAAAUAUCAACAAAUCGCUUUUAGCACUGAGUGGUUGUAUCUCGGCGCUAUGUCAACCUCCUGUCAGAGGAGUUCGUCAACAUGUUCCUUACCGAGAUUCCAAACUUACUCGAUUACUCAAAUUCUCUCUCGGCGGAAAUUGCAGAACAGUAAUGAUAAACUGUAUCUCACCUAGUUCUAAAGACAUAGAAGAAACAAACAAUACACUCUUAUGGGCCGACAAAGCGAAGAAAGUCUCGACUAAAGUAUCAAGAAAUACAGCUGGAGUGGAACUUCGCACAGCUCAAUGGAUACAAAAAAUCGUUACCCUUGAAGCCACUAUCAAAUCGCUCGAGGCUCAACUAGCUGCUGGACAUAAUGCCUCUUCUGGUAUGCAACAAAGAAGGUUGAAUAAAGCCAGAGUGGACGCUCAAGAUGAACUAAGCAGAGUACAAAAGGAAUUGGAUGAUCUGUUACCUGUAAUACUGGAUGGGUCAGAAAUGGACGCUUUAUGGAAUGCUUCCAUACUGCAAGUCGAAGCGAUAGAAACUAGAUUGGCCGAUAUAGACGUUGAAAUUCAAGCCGGUCGACCUGUUGAAGAUGCUCAACAGGAAAAAAAUCAUCUCCGUUUACUUAUACAACAACAAGACCAAUCGUAUCGAUUCAAUUCUGAGAUUCAAGCUGGCAUCCAAUAUAAAUCCCUCAGGAAUAUAACACUGAACAAUCUAUUGAAGAAAGCUGAAGAGAGAUCAUUCGAUGACGAUUUAUCGGAAGCCAAAUACGAACAUCAAUUGGCCCUUAUGAAACAUCAAGCACACGUGACUAGAAGUGUCGCAGCUGCUAAAGAAAGAGGAUUGAGAGAUUAUAUAGCUCAACAAGCCGAUAUGGCUACUAAAUCGUCCUCCUUACUAUCUCGAUUUUCAAUAUUACUUCGAAAUGAGGUGUCAGCGCUUUCUUCUGGAUCAUCCGACCCCAAUGAGGUCAUUAGAAAGCUUGAGUCACUUGUCCUAACAGUCGAUACGAGCGUCGCUACCUUAUUCGGCGAAUCUUCGGCCACAUUUUCAGUACAGCCACCUAGACUACCGGUCUCUCUUGCUGCUCCAUCUCCUCGUCGACCUUCCGUCAAACAAACAACAUCACCUAGACGAUACAUGAGGAAAGCCUCACCUAGCAAGAGUGCGGCUCUUCGGCCGAGUCUGUUUUCCACCACAACCGCUGCUUCAGCACCUAUAGAAAAGAAAGGUCUUCGUUGGCGUGAUGAAGCAGGGGAAGGGAAAAUCGAUGAUAGAUCAAUAGCUCCUGAUUGUCCGAUCUUCUCCAGUCCAUCUGAAGCAGGUUCUCAAUCAGCGGGUAAUGUGACAGCGGAGACUUCGGCAGAUUGGGAGGAUGUGAGAAAUACGAAACCAAUUUCGCCGAUGAUACCUCCUUCUCUUCGACCCAUAGGCUCGACCUCAACGUUACCUGCGCCAACGUUACCAGCGAGUAGCAGUCCUGCUGAACUUCCAGCAUGGAAACAAAAUCGCUUGCUGAGAGGCUUGGCACCAGCAAUUGAGCCUAUAUUAGAGGAAUCCCCAACCAAAUCACCAAUUGGAUUAGGUAGGCCUGGGUUGAUGGGUCCUCCUGCAAGACCAACAAGACCCGGACCACUGCACGAACUUCAUUCUAUUCAAAGUUCCACUUCAGGACCUAGACCUUCGCUAUCGACUUCAGCAUCCAUGUCAAACCUGCUAAGACCAACAGCGGCUUCGGCUGCAAAAUCGGCGUCUGUUUUCGCAAACGUUAAGAUACCCAUGAGUUCCUUGACUUCUUCUAACACCGAUGGGAAGGGAAAUACCAAUAGUCAUGGUACGAUGGGACCGCCAAGCAACUCGCUUCCCUCGAGAAGAGUGUCAUCGAUUGGUCCUGCCAGACAUGAUAGACCAAGACAGAGGUUAUCAAUGUUACCUGGAUCCGGUCUAAUCCCAGGUAAUACAUCUUCUUCCUCACAUAUACAUAGCGGAGGAGACGCAUCGUUCUCCAACUUCUUCAAGGGUCUCCCCGUACCUUCAAAUGGGAACUCGAGUGUUCUAUCAGGUGGUGCGAAACGUAUAGGUCCAAGAUCAUCCAUACAGCCCCCCGCAUCUGGUUUACCCAGAGGUCCCAGACCCAGUUUCGCAGCCACAGCUGUAGGCGGAGAUGGACCUAAACCGGUCUGGAGGUGA